CUAAACGCUAACUUACGAUUUUAGCAAAAUUAUAGUAGUUAUUGAUAAAUAAGAUACAGUAUUUGAUGUCAGCCACUAAAGGCGUUAACAUUAGUGAAUAUGCUUUAAAUUUAUACAAAAAUCUUCCCAAAAUUAAUCCUACAAAUGUAAAAUUAAAUCCUGGAGAAAAAAGGAAAAGGCCACAUGUAGGGAAAAGAGGACACCAUGGCCAUUCGCCAAGAGGUGCUAUGCAACAACUUGCUUAUAAAUUCUUAGGGUAUGAAGGUGGUAAUACUCCUUUUUAUAAAAGAAUUCCUAUAGAAAAUUCUUACAAUUUUGGACAUCAUGUUAGAAGAGAAUAUCCAUCUUUAUCAUUAUACCAGUUACAAUUAAUGAUCGACACAGGACGGAUUGAUCCUACUCAACCGAUAGAUUUAUUGAAAAUUCUCAAUACCAAAAUUAUAAAAUUUGAUCGGGAUAAUUAUUAUGGCAUAAAUUUGAUCGAUAAAGGAAUGGAUCUUUUUUGUGCCAAGGUAAAUAUAGAAGUGCAAUGGGCUUCUGAAUUGGUUAUAGCAGCUGUUGAAAAAGCCGGUGGAAAUAUAAUAACUUCUUAUUACGAUCCUCUUAGCCUUUCGAUUCUCAAAAAUCCCCUCAACUUUUUUGCUAAAGGUGAAGCCAUCCCCAGAAGACUUUUCCCCCCUAAAGAAUUAGUGGAUUAUUAUUCGAAUCCAGCAAACCGAGGCUAUUUGGUUCCCUUUAUAAGUAAUUCAAAUUCAGAGUUUCAAGUAGAUAUAAAUGGAUUCAACAGUGCCUCAAUUGCUCUAUGGGCUAAAAAGCUUGAGACUGCCCAAAAAUUUGGAUAUGAUAUAUAUUUUCAUGCUGGUGGUGAACAAACAGGAGAUUUGCCAGUUAAAAUAACCUUAGAAAAUAUAAACGAUUUUUGGAAGCAACCUACAAAUUCUAAUUCACAUACUAAAUAUCCACCCUUUCCUUCUAAGCUUUUUACCCUAAAAAAUCCGACUCAAAUAUUUGAGGGAAUAAAUCCAGGUUGGGUUGUAAAUUUAAAAGAUAAGCUCAUACUUAAACCUAAAGGUGAUGCAUGGAAAACAUUUUAUGGAGGCAUGUAUAUGAAUUAGUUUUUAUUAUUAAAUAAUAAUCGCUGUUCAGUUUAGAUAUAUAUAUUUUAUAAAUAAAUUGACACAAUAUCUGUUGCU